UAACUUUUUUCUUUUUCUUUCUUUUUUAACUACAUAUUUCAUUUCUUCAUACAGAAAGUAUCUUUUACCAGUGAGAAACGAAGUGCUUAAGUUCGGACUCCAGACUUCUUUUUUUAAGUCAUAAUUACAUUUUUGACAAGCUUUCUGUUGCCACGGUGACGGAGAUGCGGAUGCGUCUGCGUCGAGGUCCGGCGGGAACAAGGCCGUUUCCUAGCAACGUCAAAAUAAUGAGGACUUCAGUGACUUUUUAAAAAUAUAUAUAUUUUUUACGGCUUCCUGUGAAUAAGAUGGAGUACUAUGAUAACAGGACACAAAUGAUAAUAAAUUUAAACCUGUCGUUUUUUUUUUUAGCUUUCGGUUGGCCGUGGUUUUACAACCGUCGACAGCGGAACGGAUUAUUUUGUAUCACACGGAACCGCGGAGGACGGAAACCAGUUCGUAAACAAACGUAACCUUAGCAACGCACCUGUCACAUGCACGCGAGACGGCCGCCCGAGUGCGUUGAAGAUGUUUAAAAACACGUUUCAGAGUGGAUUCUUGUCCAUCUUAUACAGCAUCGGCAGCAAACCUCUUCAGAUAUGGGAUAAAAAGGUGAGGAACGGUCACAUCAAGAGAAUCACAGACAACGACAUCCGGUCACUGGUGUUGGAGGUGGAGGGGACAAACGUCAGCACCACAUACAUCACAUGUCCUGCCGACCCCAAGGAGACUUUGGGCAUCAAGCUGCCUUUUUUGGUCAUGAUCAUCAAGAACGUCAAAAAAUAUUUCACCUUUGAAGUCCAGGUUUUAGACGAUAAAAAUGUCCGGCGACGGUUUCGGGCCAGCAACUAUCAGAGCACAACGCGGGUGAAGCCAUUUUUCUGCACCAUGCCCAUGAGACUGGAUGAAGGCUGGAACCAGAUUCAGUUCAACUUGUCAGACUUCACCAGGAGGGCCUACGGAACCAAUUACAUCGAGACGCUGCGUGUACAGAUCCACGCCAACUGUCGCAUAAGGAGGGUGUAUUUCUCAGACAGACUAUACUCUGAGGAUGAGCUCCCAGCAGAGUUCAAGCUCUACCUGCCUGUCCAGAACAAGACCAAGCAGUAGAGUUUCUAAACCAACACCGCUCCCCCAUUCCACUUACCUGUGAGACUGUGUGUAUGUAGACAAGUUAUGAAUUUUAAAAAUUUAUGUUGUCAUUUUGGUGUUAUUUUGGAACAAUGAGACCUGUGUUGGCAUUCUUUGCACAAUAAAAUGUUUUGUAUGCACUGA